AUGGAAACAUUGGAGGUUCAAGCGAAAGAUUUUUUGGUAAAGUGGGUGAACGCCCCUGAUAACAGCUCUAUAAAAUGGCAGGUGAAAUCCCUCAAAAAGUCCAUUAACUUCGCUAUCUAUCAAAAGAACGACUUAGUCCCUGUCCCCAUGGAAAACUUACCCGAGGAAACUAUCCUAAGAUCCGAGCUUCCUGGGUUUGAGUCCAACAUAUCCUUGAACUCACAAGUACCUGCUUGUAAUUUGAGAUCAACUUCAGUUGCGUCGGUGAAUACGAUAUCGCGUCUGAGCACAUUCAAGAGUAGAUCACGAUCUUCCACAUUCUCAAGCAGCUUGAGCAAUUCAGGGCUAAUUUUGGUCAAAGACUAUUACAAGUUGCUUCCUGAUGAAUUGGUAAGAGGUGUUUAUCAAGCCGACAAAGGGGGCACGUUCGCAUUUGUUUUCGAUAACACAUUCUCCAAAACAACGGGAAAGAAAGUUCUCUUUAGUGCAAAGAUAUCCAAUGGAGAAUCAGAGAAUUCCUCCAAAAUAAGCCCCAUACAAAACUAUCAACACAAUUCCCAAGCAGAUCAUUUAAAUGGCUCAGAGAAAACUACGGCCAAUAUAUUGUGGCCUAAGGAUGGGGAGUUGAUGCAAGGUGUGUUGUCAAAAAAGAGAAGAAAGAAGCUCCAAGGGUUUACAAAGAGAUUUUUCAUUCUUAAUUUCAAGUAUGGGACGUUGUCUUAUUUCAAAAAUAAUGACAAUAAAUUAAGAGGUCAGAUGCCCAUAACAGAUGCCAUUGUUAGUGCAGAUUCCAAGACAAAUCAAAUAUUUAUUGACUCAGGGAUGGAGGUCUGGAAUCUCAAAGCCUUAAGUACCAAGGAUCUCAAGGCUUGGGUGAAUGCUUUUAGUAUCAUAAAGAAAAAUGGAACACUUGUUCUUGAAUCUAUAGCAAGCCCUUUGUCAAACCAGAGAGAUUCAAUAUUGACCACACAAUUAAGAGAAGUUGAAAGUCAUGUCAAAACUCUCAUAACAAAUUAUUCUUCCAAACCCCCCGAUGCUGUCAAGGCAGACUUACAAGUCAUUGCGUCAAAUAUCUCCAAUCUUUUAAGCCAGCUGGUACCCUCGGACGUUACUUCGAUCAUCUCUGAUAAUGAAUUUUUCGAUGCUAACGAAAAUUUGAUCGAAAAUGAAAACGAUUAUGGGAUAGUUCUAAUGACUGAAAUGCCUCAAACAAAGCAAACUCGACCAGAGAAUGAAUUUAUUGAUGACAAUGAUAUUGUGUCCGAAAAAUCAUCAUCUGAAUCGGACGCCGAUUCAGAGGGACCACCUGCUCCCAAAAUCACUACAAAAAAAUCAACUACUGCUUCCGAAAUAUCGUCUGAAGUUAAUGACUUAUAUCCUUUGCCUCAUGACCCAGUUGAGAGAGACUGUGACAUACCAAUAUGUGACCACUAUCCGCCUAGUAUCCUUUCUUUUGUACGCAAAAGUGUUGGAAAAGAUCUUUCGUCUUUGUCCAUGCCUGUCGAUAUGAACGAACCGAUAACUGUUUUGCAGAAGUAUGCAGAAAUUCUCGAAUACUCGGAUUUGAUAGAUAAUGCCCUACAAGGAGAUUAUCCAGAAAACUCGGGAGAAUUGAUUUUACGAAUUGGCGCAUUCUCCAUCUCGUAUCUAGCCGCAAUGAGAAUGAAAGUACGCAGUUCUCGUAAGCCAUUCAAUCCGUUGUUGGGAGAAACAUAUGAAUUAGUCAGAGAGGACAAAGGAUUUAGGCUAGUUUGCGAGAAAGUAUUUCACAGACCACCUGUAUUUGCUAUGUUUGCUGAGUCCCCGAAUUGGACAUUGAGUUUCAGUCCUGCUCCUUCUCAAAAGUUUUGGGGCAAAACUUAUGAGUUUUAUACUUCAGGAAAUGUGAAGCUUACGAUUAGAAAGACUGGUGAGGUUUUCACUUGGUCUCAACCUACAUGUGUUUUGAAAAACAUGAUUGCUGGAGAAAAGUUUGUUGAGCCAUCCACAAGCAUCACCGUGAAGUCUAGUUCCGGGCAAAAAGCAGUGAUUAGCUUCGCAAAAGGAGGGAUGUUUAGUGGACGGUCAGAAGAUUUGAGUAUACAUGCAUAUGACCCCCUGAAAAAGCCUUUGCCGUAUACUGUUUCUGGAAAAUGGACAGAUUCAAUGACAUUGAAAACAAAUUCAACAGAGAAAGUCAUUUGGACUGCUGGUGAGCUUUUGCCCCAAAGUGAGAAAAAGUUUGGCUUUACUAAGUUUGCCGGAAGUUUGAACAAAAUCACUUCAAUUGAGGAGGGCAAUUUGCCAUCUACAGAUUCUCGAUACAGGCCUGACAUGAAGGUAUACGAAGAAGGAAGGGUAAAAGAUGCCGAGAGUUUGAAACAGAAGCUCGAGGAUGGUCAGCGUGAGAGAAGGAAAAUGAUUGAGAAUUCGGGAGUCACAUAUAAACCGUUUUUCUUUGAGCAAAUAGGUGGCGCCCCUGAAAAUCCUGAUACAGGUGAAUGGAUUUACAAAGCAGGCGAAUUGAGUUACUGGGAGAGAAGGAAGACGCACAAUUGGGAUGACUUGCCAAAAUUAUGGUAG